AGGUAAUGUGGGGCGAGAUCUGCUGUCCCAGCCACACCAGGACAGGCGCAGAGCAUCCCAACCCUGGCUCCAGACUACAGCUCCCGACAUACCCCGCGCCUGGUACCCGCCCGCAGCGAGCGGAGGGGCGGAUGCAGACACCGCAGCUGGCGAUGAGGAUGGAGGCCGGGGAGGCAGCGCCACCGGCAGGGGCGGGCAGCCGCGCCGGGGGCGGCUGGGGCAAGUGGGUGCGGCUGAACGUGGGGGGCACGGUGUUCCUGACCACCCGCCAGACGCUGUGCCGGGAGCAGAAGUCCUUCCUCAGCCGCCUGUGCCAAGGCGAAGAGCUGCAGUCUGACCGGGAUGAGACCGGGGCCUACCUCAUUGACCGUGACCCCACCUACUUCGGGCCCAUAUUGAACUUCCUCAGGCAUGGCAAACUGGUGCUGGACAAGGACAUGGCUGAGGAGGGAGUCCUGGAAGAAGCUGAAUUCUAUAACAUUGGUCCCCUGAUCAGAAUCAUCAAAGACAGGAUGGAAGAGAAAGACUACACAGUGACCCAGGUGCCGCCCAAACAUGUGUACCGUGUACUGCAGUGCCAGGAGGAGGAGCUCACACAGAUGGUCUCCACUAUGUCUGACGGCUGGCGCUUCGAGCAGCUGGUGAACAUCGGUUCCUCCUACAACUACGGCAGCGAGGACCAGGCCGAGUUCCUGUGUGUUGUGUCUAAGGAACUCCACAGCUCCCCACACGGCCUAAGCUCAGAGACUAGCCGUAAGACCAAGAGCACGGACGAGCAGCUGGAGGAGCGGCGGCGGCAGGAGGUGGAGGAGGUGGAGGUGGCCCAGGUGCAGGUGGAGGCGGAUGCCCAGGAGAAAGCCCUGUCAUCUCAGGAUCCCGCUAACCUUUUCUCCCUCCCACCACCGCCUCCUCCUCCUCCGCUUCCUGCUGGAGGUCCUGCUUCAUCUUCAUCCACCUCCUCUUCCUCCUGGAUCUCAUCUGCACCCUGCCUCUUCCCUCUCUGCCCCUGCCCAGGUCCCUGUCCGCACCCUCCCAGACCCAAGCCUGAGCUUGCUGUGAGAGCUCCUCGGCCCCGCGCCCGCCCCCAGAGCUGCCGCCCCGGGUUUGUAGCCUGGCAGAGCUGGAGGGAGGGGCGGAAGCAAGGAGGGUCCUCAUAUCUUGUCCUUGGACUUGAGCCGAGCUUUUGGCUGAUUCUCACCACCCACCAAAGUCUCUCAACUUCUCUGGGCCUUGGGGCGAGGCCCUGAGAACUGAAAAAAAGUCCAGAGGUGGAGACUUGUGCCUGCCUGCCUGUAGUAGUAGUAAGGAGCCAGGCUGGGGAGGGGAGGACUAGUCUUGUGCCUCCGCCCCAUCACGCAUGUCUAGAAGCUCGUGCACCACUGCAUGUGGGUACUAUGUCCCCUAGUUCUGUGGAGUGGGUGCCAGGCCACAUGUGGUGAGCCUUUGCUAAUGAGUUGACAAGAGCCUGCCAAGGAUUGGAGCGUGGCAGGAAAAGACCCGGUCUCUGAUAGGGGUGACAAUAGCCCCCAGUCAGACUGAUCUCCCUGUGUGACCUUGGGCAAGUCACUGCCUCUCUCUGGGCCACAGCUGAAUUCUAAGAUGGGUUGGAUAGCUGCUUCCGGUGGCCCCUUUCUGCCUGGGAAAGCAGCGAUCUGCUCCUCCUACCCCUCCCCUCCCCAACCAGGCUGCCACCACCAGCCCAAGACUGGCAGUUUCUCCCCUCCUCGGUCCUGACUCCGCCUUCUUUGGGCCUCAGCCCCACCCCUUCUCCAGAGCCAGCCUGGGACUCACUUGCCUUUCUCUCUCCCUCUCUCCCUCCCUCUCCCACUCCCCCAA